GUGAAAAAAAUUGAUUAAAUUUCUCGAUGGGUUGGCUGUUAAUUUAUCAUUGUUGAACAGGGUUGAAAGGUAAAGCCAACAGAAUAAUAGAAGAUGAUCACAAAAACACAACAAGGUUGAUAAACAAUGAUUUCAAAGGAAAUGGCAUGUUAACACUCCAAUGAUUUUACAAUUGCAUCGAGGCAAUCAAAAAUCAGUGUUGAUGUAAACUGUUGAAGAGAUGAUGGUUAAGAUGAUGGUAAUGAAGAAAAGCAGAAAAAAAUGAAGUUAGAGUUGGUUAUAUGAUGAUUUAUUUGAUCGGUUGAGUUGAAGAUGAAAACGAUUGAAGAUUAAGAGUCUUAAAAAUGAAAGGGGAAAGGUUUGAAGGAGAUGAGACUAUUGAUGUUGUUGUUGUUGUUUAUUGUUAAUGAUAAAUAGUGAAAUUACAAAAAAAGUGUUUCUACUGAAUUGUGUCAUUCAAUUUCCAGCUCAUCGAAUUUUCAGUUUCAUCAAUUUUACCAGUUAAACCAGAUGAUUUUUGGUUAACCUUUUCCACUUACAACUGUUUUUACCAUCGCCAUCUUUUCGCCUGUUCACAAUAUUAUUUAUUUCGUGCUUCACAAUUUCCCUCUAAUAUCUCUGAGUGUUUCAUGUGUUGAUCAACUUAAUUUACUUGUGUCAACAGCUCUUCAUUGAUUAUGCAUACCACAUUAUUAAUCAAUUUACUGAGAAAAUUAGAUUAGUAAACUACUUCUCAACCUUCAAUGUUUUCACGCUAACAACAUAUUGUUACCUUUAAACAGUCUCUGGUUAACUUAACAUGAUUGGAUUCAAUUUUCAUAGUCAAUCCUUUUUUCACCUUUUAUUUAUCACCUGUUAUUUAGUUGAAAGUAGCUACACUUUUUCAUGGUUUGAUUCAUCAUCUUCACCUUUACUUUCACCUAAACGAUUUUGGUUUGAUGAUGAAACCCUGAAUCCAAUUGGCAGUUCAUCAUCAUUCGUCUCUUCCCAACCAAAUGCUCGUAAAGAUGAUCAACUAACCCUCUCUUCACAGAUGCACACUUCACACAAUUUAACUCGAUUUUCCUUCUCACCUGAAUCAGAUAAUCGAUUUGAGAAAAUUUAUCUCAAAUUUAUUUCACAGCUUCCAUCCAACUCGAGAUAUUCAAGAUUUACGCCUAAAUCAGAAAAUAAAUUGUUCACUUCAGACAAAAGAGUAACAGCAUUUUGGGAAGAUCAAUAUGAAUCUCCGUUGAGAGGUUCGUUAAUGUCGAACCUGUUUACACCAAGAGAAAUGGAGAAAAAUGCCUUUCAAAUGAACUUGAAUUUAAACAUGGAGCCCAUCAAGGAGACACAUUUGAUUCCACACUUUCCAUUACCUUCAACCUCAUCUUCAUCUCUCGAACCCUUAUUCACUGAUUCGCCUUUGCCUUCUUUAACAACUUCUCAUUUUGGUUUCACUCAAGAACCUUCUUCCACUUCUUCCGGAUCAUUCAAUUUGGAUGAUAAAAGAGAACGAAAUUUAUUCCGAAAAAGAAAAUUUUUCCGUGAACAAUCGAACCUCAAUUCAAUGGCAACUUCGACCCACUCCAAGCCAUUGCCUUCAAUGCGUAGUCACAAGCAUCUCUCAACAAGUGAUCUUGUGGGUAAAGAGAGUCGAGCUCUUGAUCAACUUGCUUCACCAGCUCUUGUUGCUGAUGAAAACAAUUGUCGGACAAUUGUCAAGCAAGUAACUGAACUUCCAGGAGUUCGACCUAAAAAGAUUGUCAAAUUGAUUCGUUCACGUCGAGCUUUGAAUUUACCGGAUAAACAUUUAAUCACCUUUUACAUGUCCAAGAAUUGUACCGAACCAUUGAUCAAAUCGAAAGGUGCCAUUGCAACAGCGAGCAACUUGAAAACCGUUAAAGUCUCCAUUUACAGGCAAAAGUUUUUGAACAGCUUCAAGUUACCCGAAGAAGUAAACUUUGAUUACUGAAAUCUUCAAAUUUGAAUAAACCUGUUGAUGCUGAUAAUAUUGGAAAACAUUGAAUCGUGAAAACGAAUUACUUAAGCUUAUUAAAUUUUACUUUUUUAAAUAAACUUUCGACUCUCAUAUGUACAAGUUAUAAAUUUAAACGAAAUUCAAUAUUUUCUUUCAGAAUAAAGUUCAUUUAUUCUGGUAUAUUCAUGGAUCAAUUCAAUUUUUUUCCUGCAAAAAGCAAAAAACUUCUUAACCAGAACCAAUUUUCAUUCACUUGGAAUUCAGGAAAAGGAACGCAAAGUAAUCCGAUUCUUGUGUUUUCUCAAUAUUUAACCUUUUCCAGGGUAAAAUGUUUUCUCACUAGAAUCACGUUGAUAUUGUUGUAAUAUGAUGAUUCUGA